AUGUCUGGACGUAUUCAGACACUCAGAAUGACAGUGAACUUAGAAGCAAGCGAUUUGUUACAUGAGAUGGCAACCAAUUGUAACAUAUCUUUUGCAGAUCUUAAGGUGAACAAUUCAUCACACUUUGGAGAGCUGUUUGAAUUUGGCCCCCUGAAAACACCACAAAUGCUCGAGUUUGGGUGGGAAUGGAUGAUCCAAAAAAUCAUUUCGGAGAACUUAGUGACUCCGUCACAAAUCACACAACAGUUCAUUGAACGACUUUCAAGUUUUAAUUAUACCGACUACGUUAUCGAAAUGAAGUUGUUGAUUGACAGCGCUGAGAAGAACAAGUAUCACAGGAUUUUCGACAUUAACAAAAUCCUUCCGAAGAAGAAAAACAAUUCAGUUGACUUGAAGAAGCGAUUGUACGAAGUUGUUGUGACACCGUUUCAAACCAAAUUGACUCCGUUCAGGGUGAGGACGUACUCCGGAGAGACUUACGAGCACAACGAAGUUUACAAGAAGAUCACCGAUGGGUCUGGCGAUGUCGUAAUAGUUCGGUUUGAUUCGGAAGACAUGAUGGUGAAUGACUUCUUAGUCUCUGUGAUGAAUCAUUAUGUGAAUCUGCCUUAUACAAUGUUUUUGAGUGGGACGAAGUACAAAGUGUAUUCAUUCUUAUUGGGCACUUCGAGUGUGGUAUUUGUGAAAGAAGGUGUUGAUAUCAAAAUGGAGCGUCGGGACAUAGCGUUCAGUUUUUUGAGGGAUAUGGAUGAGAUGUGGAAAUUCAAUUAUGUCUUAGAUGUCUGUCUCGAGAAGUUAAAAACGUCUCAGGACAAAGACUGUUGUGUUGAAAUAGUGCGUGACUAUUGGCCUGAUGUGAAAAGUCUUUUCAUGUUAUACAGCAGUGAUCCUCUCGACGAACAACUCAAGUUUGAUGUUUUGAGGUACAACAAAAUCUUUUUGUAUGACAAAUACAAAGUCCGAAUGCAAGACAAGUGGAUCUGUGACAAUAACAUUAUUAAGUUGAAAAAUGACUUCUUUUCGGACUUUUCAUCGAGGCCAGAGAAGAUUAAAGUCGUUGGAGAAGUUAGACUGAGUGUUACCCUCUCCAAGAUCCUCUCUUUGUUUUCUUUUGAUCCAAGUCUCAAAAGUAUCUUAUUAAAACCACGUGUCGAUGUGUUAGAUACACUGACAUAUGACUUGUAUAAUAUAGUUCAGUAUAUCAAGAAGACAAAGCCACAAGGGUUAAUGAACAUAUCGUAUUGUGCGCCUAAAAAGUGA